UUGUUGCCACGGCCGCGGCCGCAGGACGGGCACGGGCGCGGGCGCGGCUCCGGAUCCUCCCCGUUCACAACCGCGCUCCGAGCGGCCGGGGGAGGGGGGGGCGCGGCGUGACGUCAGCACGGUGAUGUAACAGCAGCCCCCCCCCCCUUCCCCGGUUCGGGGGGGGAGGCGGCGGCGAAACCCCCCCAAAACCCCCGAUCCCCCCCGAGACCCCGCCCCAACAUGGCGGCGGCGGCGGGGGGCGGGGUCUCGCCGGGGGGCGGAGCCUCGCUGGAGGAGGAGUGCGAGGUUGUGCGCGUGCGCGUCAAGAAGAGCGAGGGGCAGCAGCCGCCCGAGUUCCGCUCGUUCGCCGUGGACCCGCAGAUCACCUCGCUGGAUGUGCUGCAGCACAUCCUGGCCCGAGCCUUCGACCUGCAGGGGAAGAAAAGCUUCGUGCUGAGCUUUGCGGCGCGGGACGGGCAGGGCCAGGACACCUUUGUGCCUCUGCUGAGCGAUGGUGACCUGGCCAACGCCUUCACCUGCGCCCGGCCCACCCUGAGGCUGCGCCUGGAUGUCAGGAACCCCCCCGACAGCCCGUUGCUGGAGGACUGGGACAUCAUCAGCCCGCGGGAGGUGGCGGCGGCCGAGCCUCUCCCCGAGCGCCGCUCGCUGCUGGCGGCCGCCCUGCCCUUCACCCAGGCGCUGCUGGCACAGGUGGGCCGGACGCUGGCGCGGGCGCAGGCGGCCCUGGCGUGGCCCGAGGGGACCCCGGCGGUGUCGCCGCCCCCUCCCCCUCCCCCGCCCUGCGCCCCCCUGAGCGACGCCGACCUGAGGUCGUACCUGGGCCCAGGUGGGCGCCUGCUGCGGCCCCAGGAGCUGCGGCUGCACGUCUUCCACGGCGGCGUCGAGCCCGGCCUGCGCAAGGUGGUCUGGCGUUACCUGCUGAACGUUUUCCCCUCGGGCCUCACGGGCCAGGAGCGCCUGUCCCACCUGCGCCUGAAGGCGGCCGAGUACUCCUCUCUGAAGGUGGCCCUGGCCACCCGCACGCCGCCGGCCGAGCUGGCCCAGGUGGCCGCCGCCGUCCGCAAGGACGUGGUGCGCACCGACCGCGCCCACCCUUACUUCGGCGGCCCCGAGGAAGGUCACCCUCACCUGGCCGCCCUCCAGGCCCUGCUGACCACCUUCGCCCUGGGCCACCCGCGCCUGUCCUACUGCCAGGGCAUGUCGGACGUGGCCGCGCCGCUCUUGGCCGUGCUGGACGACGAGGCCCAAGCUUACCUGUGCUUCUGCUCCUUGAUGCGCCGCCUCGCGCCGCGCUUCCGCCCCGGCGGCCGCGGCCUCUCGCGGGCGUUCGCUCACCUGCGGCGGCUCCUGCGCCGCGCCGACCCGGCCUUCUGGGCGUUCCUGGCGGCGCGCGGCGCUCACGACCUGCUCUUCUGCUACCGCUGGUUGUUGUUGGAGCUCAAGCGGGAGUUCGCCUUCGAGGACGCCCUGAAGGUGUUGGAGAUCACCUGGAGCUCGCUGCCGCCGGCGCCGGCGCCGCCGCGCCCCGGGGUGCCGCUGCUGGGGGCGCCCCUGGGGGCGCGCAGGGCGGGGAGGGGCUGGAGGGAGAGGAGGGGGCUGCGGCCGCGGCCGCCCAGGGGUGCUGGUGGUGGUGGUGGGGUGACGGAAGGUUCUGGAGCUGGGUUUGGGGGUUUGAAGGGUUCUGGGGGUGGUUUGGAGGGUUCUGGAGAUGUUGCCAGUGGUUCCAAGAGCUCCAGCGAUGUUCUGGAAGGUUCUAAGAGCAUCCAGGAAGGUCCCAAGAGCUCCAAUGAUGUUCUGGAAGGUUCUAAGAGCAUCCAAGGAGGUCCCAAGAGCUCCAGUGAUGUUCUGGAAGGUUCUAAGAGCAUCCAGGAAGGUCCCAAGAGCUCCAGUGAUGUUCUGGAAGGUUCCAAGAGCAUCCAAGAAAGUCCCAAGAGCUCCAGUGAUGUUCUGGAAGGUCCCAAGAGCUCCAGUGAUGUUCUAGAAGGUUCCAAGAGCAUCCAAGGAGGUCCCAAGAGCUCCAGUGAUGUUCUGGAAGGUUCUAAGAGCAUCCAAGGAGGUCCCAAGAGCUCCAAUGAUGUUCUAGAAGGUUCCAAGAGCAUCCAGGAAGGUCCCAAGAGCUCCAGUGAUGUCCUCAAGAGUCCCAAGAGCUCCAGUGAUCUUCUAGAAGGUUCUGAGAGCAUCCAGGAAGGUUCCAGGAGCUCCAGAGAUGACUCCAAGAGCUCCAGCGACGUCCCCGGUGGUGCUGGGGACAGCCAGGAGGGUCCCAGGAGCUUGAAGAAGGUUCAGGAAGGUUCCGAGAGCUCCAGGAAGGUCCAGGGGAGACCCCCCAGGGAUGGUGGAGAAGCCCCCGAGGACUCCUGGGGUGGCCCCAGGAGGGUGGAGGAGGCCACGGACGCCCUGGAGAUGGAGCAGAGACCCCAGAGCCUCUGCUGGGGGGCUGGGGGUGACCCCAGGAGAGGACACGGUGACCACAGAGAGGGCCAUGGGCCAGGAGAAGGACGAGGUGACCCCAGAGGAGGACGAGGUGACCUCAGAGAGGUUCAGGGUGACCUUGGAGAUGGACACAGCUUUGGAGAAGGCCACCACGACCCCAGGGAUGGCCACAACAUCUCCAAGGAUGACCACAAGUCCAAGGAUGACCACCAGAACCCCAAAGAUGGCCACCAUGACUUCAAGGAUGGCCACCAUGACCCCAGGGAUGGCCACCAUGACCCCAAAGAUGGCCACCAUGACUUCAAGGAUGGCCACCAUGACCCUAAGGAUGGCCACCAUGACCCCAGGGGUGACUACCAUGACCCCAGGGAUGGUCACAACUCCAAGGAUGACCACCACAGCCCCAAGGAAGACCACAACGACCCCACACACGACCACCACGACCUCAAGGACGACCACCACCACCCCAAAACCACCCCCACCAACCCCACCACCCCCGAAGACCCUUGGGGUGGCCGUUGGGCUUGGGAAGACCCUUCCUCCUCCUCCUCCUCCUCCUCGUGCUCCUCAGGCUCCUCCUCCUCGGACGAGGAGGUGACGGUGGAGGACGACGGAGCUCCUCUGCCACCGCCAGAAGAGCUGGGCCAGGGGAACCCCUUCCUGCUCUUCGUCUGCCUCGCUAUGCUGCUGGAGCAGCGCGACGCCGUCAUGGCGCGCGCCGGCGACUACAACGAGGUGGCCAUGCACUUCGACCGCCUGGUGCGGCGCCACCACCUGCCCCGCGUCCUGCGCCGCGCCAAGGGGCUCUUCGCCAGGUACCUGGAGGGGUGGGGAGGGUCCGCGCCCGGGGGAGAGCAGCUGGGGUCUCCAUCGGGGUAA